GCGCUUUAUCGAAUUUCGGACAAACCGGAGAAUCCAGAGAAUGCGUAUUUCAUUAUUUUGAAGUUGUGAAUGGGCAUUCGGGCAUGUCAUACAUCUUUGUGAACCAGGGAUGGAUAAGACGAACAUGCAUUCUGGAAUUUCGUGAGAAAAAAAAGCGAAUUCACAGGUUCAUUCAUCAUUGCUCCCAGGCGGAGGUAACGUCAAUCGGUUACAUGCUACCUGCAUUGAGACGGUCGGACGUAUACCCAUUUGACAAAAACAUCGAUCAAUCAUUUCAAGGACAAAUCGUUGUUCGAUGCGCGAGGCGUGUGAAGCGUAAAAUAGAGCGUAAAGAUUUAUUGUCAGUAUUGGUGCACGAAGGGCACAACAGAAAGGGGUUGGAAAGGGUAUUGUUGCGCAGAACCACAAUUACUAUGCCUGAACGCAGGUACGGGCAGACUCACCCUCCGCAUGACACCUCGUCAUGCCCGGCAUGCGCGAGUAAAGAGAAAAAUGACAUGAUAAGGGAAUCUGAUAUGGUGAUCUACUUUUAUCUUUUCCGGUUGAAUUCGAGUAAUCUCGCCUCGUCAAGGGGAUCCAAGGAUCACGGAAUAUAUGGUAACCUGCGUUCCGGUCACCCGUCUGAGCUGAUGGAUUCAAAUAUCCGGGCCCAAACACGUCGUCACAUUUCAAGUACCAGCUUUACCGAGGUUUUUUUGCAUUUAUUUUCGCAUAAUGGACUUUCGAGGCCUCAGCUGACUGUGUAA